UAGUUCGAAUAUUGUCUUUCUCGAUGAACGUGGAACAAAUCGAAGGAUCCAUCGUUUAUUUUAAGCACUAAAAUGAAUAAAAGUGAAAAGAAAUCCGACGAAGUUACUUUGAGUGAACAAAACAUUGCAGUUUCAGAUGACGAAAAAUACAUUUGUGAUAUUGGCCAAGAGGCAUUUAAACUAGAAUCGAGCAUGAUAACACAUCAAAACACAAUUCACAAAGAUCAAAAAAUGUUUGCAUGCGAUAAGUGCGAAAAAAAAUUUGAGUUUCGAGGUCACUUGAGUAGACACCAAAUAUCAGAACACAAAGGCCAUGAAGAUUUUGCGUGCAAAGAGUGCGAGAAAAAAUUUGUACAAAAAUCAAGUUUAUUCACACACCAAAAAUUGGUACACAAAGAUCGUGAUUUCACGUGCAACAAGUGCGAGAGGAAAUUUGAGAAUAAAUCAACUUUACUAAAGCACAAUAAGAUAUUCCACGAGGUUUUAAAAAAUUACUUAUGUGAAAUAUGCGCCAAGAGAUUUGAAAAUAAACGGGGUUUGUUCAUGCACAUAGAGAAAAUACACGAUGGUCACAAAGAUUUCACCUGUGAUAAUCGCGAGAAAAAAUUUGGAAUAAAAUCGGAUUUGUUAAAUCGCCAAAGGACAAUACACAAACGUCUGAAUGAUUUCGCCUUGAGUGUCUACAAAGAUUACUCAUGUGACGUGUGCAAGAAAAUGUUUCGACGGCAAGCGAAUUUGCUUUUGCACCAAAAAACAGUGCAUGAAGGUCAUAAAGAUUACGCAUGCCACAAAUGUGAUAAGAAAUUUGGACACAAGGUGAGUUUGCUUCACCACCAAAAGGCACUUCAUGAAGGUCGGAAAGAUUUCUCGUGUGACAAUUGCGAGAAAAAAUUUGCAAAUAAAUAUAAUCUGCUUUUACACCAAAAGACGGUC